AUGCCAAGAAUUGCAAAAACUCAAAUACAUCGUGAUAACUACCCUGCAACAGACGCUGAACAAUUUUACUUGCGUAGCACUUAUGUUCCAUUAUUGGACACUAUUAAAUCAGAUAUAACCAACAGGUUAUCAACAAAGACAUUGGAAGCAUUUGAUUUGCGUUUACUUAUACCAAAUAUUAUUGUUAAACUAAAUGACAAUGAUGGUUGGGACCAACAAAAAAUAUCUAAGAGAAUCAUUGCAGUAGCAAAAAAGUUUUCACCUCUUUUCACUGUUUCCGAAAAUGUAAUGGUUGAUAUGUUAGAAGGUGAAAUUUGUCUAUGGCUUCACAAAUGGAAACAUCAACCGAUUACAGAACGUCCAUGUACAGCUUUGGAAUCAUACAUGCACUGUGAUGAAGAUAUGUUUUCAACUAUUAGGAAAUUAUUGCAGUAUUAG